AGAGGCGGGGUUGGGAAGCUGACAUCCGUGGCUCUGAUUGGCUGGUUGGAGGAGCGGGGGUGUAUUCCGUGCGGCCUGCGGGAAGAGCGGAGAAAGAGCCGGGAGAUGGCGGACAAUGCGGAUCCCAAGACGGUGCAAGACCUGACCGACGUGGUGCAGAAUCUUCUCCAGCAGAUGCAGGACAAGUUCCAGACCAUGUCUGACCAGAUCAUCGGCAGAAUCGAUGAGAUGAGCACACGCAUUGAUGACCUGGAGAAGAACAUCGCAGAUCUUAUGACACAGGCCGGUGUGGAUGAGGAGGACCCAGGAAACAAGCAGGCCCCCAAGUGAUUCUGGGUGACAUUUUCUAUCGGGAUUGUCGUCUGUUGAAGUUUUCUAAUUCCGGUUGGCGGUCAUUUAAUAAUGUAUUGUAUAUUUAGAGUGUUUGUUUUGUACUUUAUGAUGACCUGUGAUGUCACGUUUUAUUUUAAACAUAUACAGUAAAAUAAAUGUAAAAUAACGAC